AUGGCAACUAUCGGUCAAGUGGAGCCCUUCGAUGAGUCCGUAUCGGACUGGGAGUCCUAUCAGGAAAGACUCACUGCUUUCAUUCGCGCAAACCAAAUUCCCGAAUCUAAUCAAGUUGAUGCUUUUCUGAGUAUAAUCGGGCCGAAGACCUACAAGCUACUGAAGAGUUUGUUAGCGCCAGACCCGCCAACAAGUAAAACCUUGGAAGAGCUCAAGAAAAUUUUGCGCGACCACCUUUCACCGCGACCAUCGGUUAUUGCCGAAAGGGCGAAAUUUCACAAGAGAGUGCAGCAGGAAAAUGAGGGCAUAGCGGAAUUUGUCGCAGAGUUGAAACGUUUAGCGGAAUACUGCAAUUUUGGAGCAAAUCUUCAGGAAGCUCUACGAGAUAGGCUCGUUUGCGGAUUGUUACGGUUAGACAUCCAGAAAGCUCUCUUUACGGAAGAUGAAUCCCUGACUUUCAAGAAAGCAACAGAGAAAGCACUGUCACUAGAGAUGGCAACCAAAAACGCGACAGAAUGCCAUUCCAACAACGCCGCUCAACCCAUCAUCCAAGCGAUAUCAGUGAAUGAAAAGACCGGGAAGCAGAGGUGUUAUCGCUGUGGUUCAGAUAAACACGGCAGCGGAAUGUGUCCUUUUAAAACUGCUGUCUGCUUCCAUUGCAGAAAAACGGGUCAUAUCAAGGAUGUUUGUAAAAGCAGAAGCAAGGGUUCACACCCGAAAUUUCAGCGGCAAGUCAACAAGAGACAAGGGCACCGGCUGAAGAAAGAAUUCAAGUCGAUGGGUGAACUCGACGAACCUGAGCCAGCGUUGCGGCGACUUGACUCAGCGGGGAGGAACGACCCUAUCUGUUUCACACUGAAUCUGCAGGGCGUCCCACUUCGCAUGGAGCUGGAUACCGGUGCGGCUGUAUCGGUGAUUUCUCAACAGCAGUACCACUCGUGUUUUUCAGGCCUUCCGCUCAAGCCUACGACUGUGACGCUUCGGACUUACACGGGGCAGUGCGUCUAUCCAAAAGGGGUGUUGGACGUCGAGGUUGAACACAACGGGCAGACCAGUCAUCUACCCUUGUACGUCUUGGCGCAGCGGGGACCGCCGUUAAUUGGAAGAAAUUGGCUUCGCAAUCUACGUUUGGAUUGGAACAGUUUGAAUUACAUCCGCCCAGACGCAAGAAAGGAUCUGGCACAGCUGCUGGAAAGGCACGGUCAAGUAUUUGCUGAUGAGCUCGGCGAAAUACAAGGUGAGCAAGCCAGUCUUGUACUCAAGAAAGAAGCAGUGCCUAAAUUCAUGAAGGCCAGGAGUAUCCCUUUUGCGCUGAAACCGGCAGUAGAGAAGGAACUAGAAAAAUUAGAGAAACUAGGUGUUUUGGAAGCGGUAGCCUCAAGUCGAUACGCUUCACCUAUUGUCCCGGUAGUGAAGAAGGAUGGAUCAGUACGCAUUUGUGGUGAUUACAAGGCCUCACUGAAUCCAUGUUUGGAGGUUGAUGUUUACCCCUUGCCGAAGAUCGACGAAAUGUUCGCAGUCUUGUCAGGGGGAAGGUAUUUUUCGAAAAUCGACUUAAAUCGAGCAUACCUACAGGUCACCAUGGACGAAAGGUCAAGUGAUUAUCUGACUCUUAAUACGCACAAGGGACUGUUUCGCGUAAAGCGAUUGGCUUUUGGAGUGUCUUCCGCCCCAGCAAUUUUCCAGCGUAUUAUGGAAAAUAUCUUACACGGAUUAGAUGGAGUUAUCUGUUACCUUGACGAUAUUUUGGUAACUGGAAAAAGCGAACUACAACAUCUCGAAAACCUCGAAAGACUCUUGCAACGUCUAGCAGAACGUGGCGUUCGCAUCAGACGUGAAAAAUGUGAAUUUUUCAAGCAUGAACUCCGGUUUUUGGGCCAUGUAAUCAAUGACAAAGGCAUUGCAACGGCACCUGACAAAGUAGCCGCAGUGUUGAACGCCCCUGCACCGAAGGACAAGAAGCAGCUGAAAUCGUUUAUAGGCUUAGUCACCUACUACACAAAAUUCCUAGCAGACCUGUCAACGGUUAUGCAUCCACUGAAUACGCUGCUGUGCAAGAAUGUUCCUUGGAAGUGGUCCCGUGACUGUCAGCUGGCAUUCCAUAAAAUAAAGAAAAUGCUAGUUUCAGCACCAGUUCUGGCGCAUUAUGACCCAAGCCUUCCUCUAGAAGUCGGAUGCGACGCAUCAUCGUACGGAUUGGGAGCAGUUUUGUCAAUUAUUCUAAAGGAUGGAACAAGACGACCCGUCGCAUAUGCAUCCCGCUCACUAACUGAAAGUGAGAAGCGCUACAGUCAACUAGAACGUGAAGGCCUCGCUUUAGUAUAUAGCGUGAAAAAAUUUCAUUAUUACAUCUAUGGACGAUGUUUCGGUCUUGUUACAGAUCACAAGCCCCUCCAAACCAUUUUUGGUCCCAAAACAGGCAUCCCUACAGUUGCAGCAGCUCGACUCCAGAGAUGGGCCAUCACGUUAUCCGCAUACAGCUUCAACUUGAUAUAUCGACCAGGACAAACAAACAUCGAAGCAGAUUGCUUGUCACGUCUACCACUGCCUGCUACUUCAGAAGUAAUGAAGGAAGAUGAGGUUGACACUUUUUACACCCUCCGUUGGGACACUUUUCCUAUUAGCAGUUCAGACAUCGCGCGUGAAACAUCCAGAGACCCCAUUUUGAGUCAGGUGUUGAGGUACACUCUUACAGGAUGGCCUCACCUUGAACCGCGUCAGGACUUAAGACCUUAUUGGAUCAGGAGGUCUGAACUGUCUACAAGUCGGAAUUGCAUUCUUUGGGGCAUGCGAAUUGUUAUUCCCACUUCAUUACAGCAAGCCGUACUCCACGAAGUAAACGAAGGACACCCUGGCGUUGUGCGUAUGAAGGAGGUCGCAAGAAGCUACGUCUGGUGGCCCCGAGUCGACCUGGACAUACAAAGCUUGGUGAGGAACUGUGCCCCAUGUCAGCAAGAAAGGCCUCUGCCAACGCAAGCCCUACUACACCCGUGGGCCUGGCCGACGAGGCCUUGGUCCCGUCUCCACCUAGAUUUCGCCGGCCCAUUUCAACAAUGCAACUUCUUAGUAGCAGUGGAUGCCCAUUCCAAAUGGCCAGAGGUAUUUAUUAUGCGUUCAACUUCUACAGACAGCACCCUAACGAAGCUGAGAGAAAUGUUUGGACGUUUCGGAUUGCCAGAGGUCCUGGUAUCAGAUAAUGGUCCCCAAUUUUCCAGUGAGCAGUUUAGAAUUUUUGUCAGGCAAAAUGGGAUAAAGCACAUAAGAUCUGCUCCAUACCAUCCAUCUACAAAUGGACUAGCAGAACGUUUUGUACGGACCAUGAAAGAGGCCCUUCGCAAGGAUGUUCACCGACCUCUGGAACUUCGUUUAACUAGUUUUCUCCUUGCUUAUCGCAAUACGCCUCAUGCUACUACGCAGCAGUCACCGGCUUCGCUACUCCUGGGUAGAUCGCUACGAACCAGGUUGGACCUGCUGAGACCAGACCCAGAAGCCACCGUCCGGUAUAGACAGUUCAAGGGGACCCAUCGGAGGCCUGGCAAGUCGAAACAGUUCAGGAUUGGGGCAGAAGUUUUUGUGAAGAACUUCAGAGAGGGGCCGAAGUGGUUAACAGCAGUAAUAUUAUCCCGUUCUGGACCAGUGUCCUACGUGUUGCAGGUAAAUACACCAAGAGGAAAUCAGGUCUGGAAGCGCCACGUCGACCAAGUCCGUAUAAGGGGUGCAGCUACGUUGGAAAUCGACCAUGCUCUGGAUAGCUCAAAUAGCGCCCAAGUCUCUCUUCCACCUGACAACAUAGCUGACGGUACUCAGCCGAGAGACAUCGUGGGCCAGACUUCUGUCGAAGAAACUACGGAGCCUUCGCUCAGUCCCAGGCAAGGCCCAACAGCUUCUCUGAGGGACCAAGCACUGGAAAGCGAACGACCUUCGCUUGAAAGAGCAAGAGAACUCUCCCCAGCGUUGCCUCGGUAUCCACAACGUCAGAGGAGACCCCCGGACCGAUAUCAACCGUGA